GUAGUGCAUGUUAAACACACAUCUUACAAAGCCUAGAGAAGGUGCGCGGGCCAGUUAUACAUUCAUCUACCGGCGAAAUACAAAUUUCGAAAACCCCAUGACUGAAGAAAACAUAGAGUGACAAAUUUAACGAGAUUGUGAUGCCUUUGUGAUCUAAAAGAAAUCGAAGAGUCGAAUGUGAUCUAUCAAAAGUAAAUAAAAUUUUCAGUAUUGUUUUGCGAAACGAUGUUAAGUGAUAGAAAAGUGAAAAUGAAAAAUGUGAUAACGCGUUUUGGUUUUUGAACAUUAUUUUUUUUUCGUAUUGUGAUCAAAUUUUUGAAUCCGGACUUUUGUGAUAAAUUUCGACUUAUUUGUGAUAUUACCAGACUGACUAUAAUUUAAAGGAAAAAAUGAUAGGAAACACAUUCAAUUUCAACUCAAACAUACUAGUAAAUAUAAAAAAAAUGUUCAACACAAGAACUUUUUUGACGUAUUUCAUUCUAGUGUUACUUAUACCAUUUACGGUAACAGACAAACAUAAUAGGUCGAACAAUGUACAAAAACGGCCUGAUGAGGCCAGACAUACCGGAGGCUGUCAUAGUUGUCGAAUGAGAGAAGAAAUUAAACAAAGAAACUUAAUGAUAAUUAAAGACGAAAUUCUAAGGCGGAUGGGCUUUGAAGAAGCUCCAAAUAUAACAGGAAAGUCUCUUCCUUCAGUCCCUUCUGAAUUCUUGAUGAAGUUUGAAGAAGAAAACGGAGGUAUGCAAAGCGAUCAGCCUCAAUUUCAAAGCGGUUACACUGUUACCGAGGAGGAGGACGACUAUCAUGUGAAAACAGAAAAAAUUUUAGGUUUUGCACAACCAUAUCCAAGACUGAGGCAUAAAGGCCGUGAUAUUCUACAUUUCUCAUUUAGCGACAGUAUUACCAAAUAUCAAGUCAGCAAUUCUACUCUCUCCGUUUUUAUCAAAGGCAGUGAAAGGCGGCUACCACAAGAUGUUAUUUUGGAAGUGUUCAAAAUAACUGAUCAUUCUGACCCCGCGGCCUUCGAUAUGGUCUAUGGCAAGAAGUUUCGUCAACCCCCCGGAAAAGGAGAAUGGAUAAACAUCGAUUUCACAGAAACUGUAUCGGAAUGGUUUAAAAAUCCUAGUGAAAAUUAUGGUUUCGUAGUGAACGCGACUGUUAAUGGGAAAAAAGUGGUCGUUACUGAUGUUAACGUGGAUAAAGGAAAAAAAGUUCCAUUUAUAGAAAUCUCUACUGUAGAAGCAAAACAUAGAGUUCGUCGAAGUAUGGGUCUAAAUUGCGACGAUGACUCCAACGAAACCAUAUGCUGCCGUUACCCACUUAUGGUUGACUUCGAGGCCAUCGGCUUGGACUUUAUUAUAGCACCGAAACGCUAUGACGCUUAUAUGUGUUCCGGAGAGUGUCCGUAUGUUACCUUACAGAAGUUUCCUCAUACCCACUUGAAGCAAAUAACGAAACCAGUGAGUACGCCUCCUUGUUGCACCCCUCGAAAAUUAGGAAGUAUCUCCAUGUUGUACUUCGACCAACAUUUAAACGUGAUGUACGGAUCAUUACCCGGCAUGGUAGUGGAAAGGUGUGGGUGUAUGUAAUUGUGCUGUGAAAUAUUACGGUCAUUAUCGAAAAAGCUGAUUCCUUUAAACCAGAAAGGUAUUACAAUUUGGAUGAUUCAAAGAAAAUUUCAGUUAAGCUAUGAAAUAUAAUAAAUAUAUCUAAAUAUUACAGUUCGUGGAAAAUUUAUAUAAUUUUACUUAUUUCCGAUAUUUAUGUUCAUAGAACUUUUUGUUUUCGUAUCUAUUAAAUCGGAAAGUGAUUGCAAAUAAUAGAAAAAUAUAUGGUUCAGUCUGAUAGAAAAAGCUCAUAAAUUCCAUCCUUUUGCUGUGAGUUAUUCGUUUAGUCAAAACUUCACAUAAUUAUGUUUUGAUUUCGAAAGAAAACUUCCAUCUAUGAGCUGUUGGUCUCGUGAACAUUGAACAGGUUUUUCAGCCAAAUUUUGUUAUAUUCUUUCGACAGUGAUACAAAAUAUUUUCCAAAAUUGUUUAAUAUAAUGGACUCAGAUAUGUUGGAGAUAACAACUUCAUUUUUAGUAAAAUACGAUCCUCUAUAGUUUCUAAAUCUAUUAGACCAUUUCUAUGUAGCUCUAAAAAAACUGAAUCAAACCAUUCUAUUGCUUAUCACAUUGCUCUCCACAUAUGUGCGAAUACUUUAUGUAAGAGAAAAAACAUCUUGUUAAUACCAAGUCAUUAAAAAAUAACAUGGGGUUGUUAUUCGUUUGUGAAUAAUAUUGCUGGCAUAAUAUUGAAUAUCUCUCACCAUUCAAAUUACCUUCUAUGAGAAAACAUUAUUCAACUAUUAAUAAUCCCUAAUCAUUUUUUUAUUUUCUGCGAACUCUACGUGGGUCUCUACAUCUUCGUUUUGAGUUCUUGAAAUUCUACAUUGUAGAUCUCAUUUUUUACUCAACUUGAAUUAGCCUUCAACAUUUUCAUUCUCUCUACAUCUCUUAACAGCUCUCGAAAAACUGUUGGUCUAUUAAUAAAAGCCUCGAAAUAGUUAUUCAUAUUACGAGGUAUGUAAGUAGUAUUGACUUUCUAUAACAGCCAAAUGGAUAGAAGAAUUACCAAAUAUUAGUUGUCUGUCGAUUUUAUCAGAAAAAUCGAGGAAGACAUAUGAAGCAACGUAUCUCUACUUCAAAAAACAGUGUCAAAGACUGCUAGAGUAAUUUCAAAGACCGUGCUUUUAGUGUACUUUCAAUAAAAAUCCACUGUAUUAAACUAUGAAUAUUCCAUUCAUUCUCAUAGAGAAAAACAUAGAUAUAUUCAAAAAUCCUAAACGAGUAUUUUAUAGAUAAAAAGAAUGAAACAUUGUAAUUUCUAUUAAUAUAGUGUGAGUAAAUGAGAUACACGUUUUUUAUGGCGUAAACUAUUACCAUCUAAAGGCCGCUUGACAUGGUACAAGAAAUUACAUUCACUUUCUUGUGAGGUUAAAAUAUUGCAUAGACGAAUAUUGCACGUCGCUUGACAUUAUGCAAGUCUCUAAAAUUUGCAUCAGUAUUUUGUAAACGAUUUAAAAAUAAUGAUAACAAAUCUAAGUAACGAAGUGAAAAAGUGUUCAAUGGAUCACUGUCAACAAUUAUAUCUACUACUGCCUUGGUUUUGAAGCCUGAUGGACAGGUUUGUUGUAAAGCGAAAAGUAAUUAGAAUUGCAGCUUGCACGCAAAUUAGCACCAAACCGAUGAAGUUGCAAGUGCGAGAUAUUUCACGAAACAAUUAGCUGAACUUCAUCUACGCAUGCUUUUUAUCAAGAAAUAUUGCGCCUUGCAUUGCAUUGCACGGUGUUUUGUAUCAUGUUAAGCGACCUUAAGUUGCCUUACGUUGACUUACAACCCUUCGUUAAAUUGACUUACAACCCGUCGUCAAGGACAUUUGAUACGUUGUCAAUAAUUAUUACUUACGUUCUUCGAGCCAGUGACAAAAUGCAUUGUAUAUCGCUGGGAUCUGCCAUUUUCCGAAGUGUUUGGCAUCAAAUAUUCGUUAUUCUGAUUCAAUUGAACAAUUUUGUUUUAAAGACUUCGUCAAAUCGUAAAAGAUUUACACUUUCAUAUCUUGUAUAUGAUUAUCAGUAUUUUGAUUAUGAGGUUUCAAAUUGUAAUACAUUUAAAAAAUCCACCAUUGCACUUACUGCGCUUUUCUAGACCACUCUAUAUGGCUUGUUUUAAUUUAAAAAUAUGGCAACCACGCAACAUUUGCUAAAAUAGGCAUUGAUUAUUCGAUCUAAUAUCGUAGUUCCAAAUUAAAAAUUUUUCUACCAAAACUAUAAUAGAAUUAAAUCAAUUCCACAUUUGAGAUGGUAGUAUACCGAAUUCCCAGUAAUUCUAAUUUAAAUAUCGAGAAAUUAACAAUAAAUUACUUAAAUACAACUUAAUACAGAAAAUGCUACUGCAACAUAUUUGCUAAUUGUUGACAAAUGACCCUUAGUUAUCAUGAAUAUUUCAAUAUCAAAUGGAAAUUUUAAUGGAAUGGACAUGACAUUUUUUUCCUUGGAAUAAAUUAGAUUUGUAACAUUGGUGUGACGACACAAAAUUCAAAUGAUGCAUUCUUUUCAACAGAAUCUGUCACGAGUUUUCAAUAACCUUGUAGAUUUCGAAUUGGCGCUAGAUGGAUUAUUGAAUUUAAUUAUGUAUACUUAGUAUGAAAUUGUUCGUUCAUUUGGAAAUAAUGAAUUGCUAUCUAAUAUUUAAAAUGAUACAAUAUUUCGCUUCAAUUUUUGCAAUGUACGUUUCAAUGUACAGAGUCUUACGUAUCGAUUUCAAUCAACAUAUUUCCAAAUAAGACAAAUGAUCCAAUCACGGUAUGCAAAGUGAGACAUUCAACAAAAUGUUAGUUUAUAUGUGCGUAAAAAUUUCAUAAAAAUUUCUUUUUUGGUAAUGAUUUUAUAUGUCGGACAGCAAAUCAUAUAUUUAGGAGUUCAAAGUAUUAUAAAUUGUGUUUUAUCAUAAACCUAUUUUGAACCUCUAAACAUGAUGUAUAGUUCUAGAUUACUUUCGUAGAUUGCAUCAAUGAUCAAAAUUUUGCUUGAUCUUGUAUAAAGCUUGUUCAACUUGAUCCCAUCCAAUCAAAUCCCAUUUGAUUUUUUAUGAUUCUUGAAAAUUUCUAAUUUGUGAAUCCAUGAAAUGUUUUCUUCUUUCUCUUCCGUGUAUUAGGCGUAGUCGCCUGUUUUAACUUCGACAUCCUUGCUUCCUAUCCUGCUUCAAGGUUACCGCUCCAUCUUUUUCUGGGUCGGCCGAUACUCCUUCGGACCAAUGGGGAUUCAUCGCGCGGUAUCUUGGCCAGUCUGUUGUUAUCCAUAUCCACGACUUAUGUGCUCAUUCCAUUCUCCCUUUCUUGAUAGAACCCAUUCGUUGACGUCAUCUAUUUUGCACAAUAUUUUGUUAUGUUAUUAUGUUCUCACGUCUUUCCCUGUCCAGUAGGGUUUUUCCCUAUGAAAAUUUUAAUUUAGUAAUUACCAAAGUAUCUUGAAAAUAAUAUCAUCCAAAUGUAAACUGUCACCUUCGUGAAUUGUAAUCUUUAUGUAAGCUUUAUAUUUAUGAUAACUCAUCAGACAAGACUGUAUAACUUAUCUCGCUUUCGCUUCUUUUGAAUGUUUUAUUGAUUAUAGCCACAAAAUUUAUCCACCAGCAACAUCGCAACACUUCAUUUUCAGUGAAUGAUGUGAUAUCACAUGCGUGUGUUAUGAAGACGUUACACCCCAAUAGCAACAGUUUCGCUUACGUACGUAUUGUUGAGGUGUGAAGGAGCUUUACCCGAAAACUUCUUAGGCUUUUGAUUCACACGCACUUUCGGAGCUAGGGGUCUUUACUAUACAGUACUCUCAAAAAUUUAUCUGUUCUCGGCUGCCUUAAUUUUACGAGGGGUAUAUUAUCCAAGUGUCGAAAACCAAAAACUACUCACUCUCUAAUUUCCAAACCGUAAUGUGCUUUAGAGAAAUGAUCUAUAACAACUAAAUUCACAAGAGCCAUGCUACUAGUCAGCAUUACCGCUUUGUUACGUUAAUAACGAGUCUGCUACGGUUUUCCCAUUUUUGUUAGUUUGAAACGUAUUUUUUUCGUUAUCUUAUCUACUAGUUCUUUUUAUCAUGUAGUGAUAUGAACAUGGAUAUUUCUACUGAAAAAAAGUAUUUCAUUUUUAAUUUCUUUCAUGAAUAGCGACCGGGUUGCAGAAUAAUUAUUGAUUAUUCAUCUGUCAUGUUACGGUUACGGAUCUCUUACAUUUUUUUACAAUUUAGUUACUAAAAAUAUUGCUCAAAUGACAACUCUGCUGUUGGUAUACAUCUCGCGUUUUCUCAAUCCAAUGCAUUCUAGGAGUUACCUUAACAAAUUGAAAUAUUUUUUUGAUAUACUUUGUAUAUUGGUAAAAUAAAGUGGAAUCAGUACUAAUAUUUCUUAACUAAUGUAAUAUUGGUAAGGUAUUAUUAAUACUAUUUCGAUACCUUUUUGACAAGGAAUCAGCUUUUUUGUAUUAUAUUGACAAAAAAAUAUUUAUGAAGAAAACAUGUACAUUUUUCAUGAAAACUGUUGUGCCAUCCGCCCUUUCAUGCAAAAAGAUUGAUCAGUAAUUUAUUUUCAUAUCAUGGGCAUAGGAAUUACAAUAAUUGCGUGUAUAAUUUCAGCUUUUAGUGAAAAUUGUUAAAAGAAUGUAAAUAGAUUCAGCAAAAUUUUAUUAUUAAAAUUUUGUAAUUAUAAUUGAUGUCAGAUGUCAGAGUUUGCAGAUGAACUUUUCACAGUAUUAUUGAAAACGGUUUAUUAUUAGAUGAAUUAUUGGAAUUUAUAUAUAUAGCUUAUAACAAAUUAUCAAUUUUUUGUAAUGUCAAGCUCAUUUUUGGAAGAUUCAUUAAACCUAAACUCUUUUAUACUUUCUGUUAUCGUUCUCAUUCUUCUCAAAUGAUCUUCUUGGCAAAUACAAAUAACUGUUGUUUUAUGAAGAAAACCGAAAAACAGUUAAUUCUUGCAUUUAUAUUAGUCCGAUUAAAAUUUCGAAUCAUAAUAAUUCUCAUAGAAAUAUAGUUCCAAAAAACCCCAUUGAUCCCAUGUGGGUCAAAAAAAAUAAAGACAACAUUUUCUAGUUUCGAAAACGAUUACUUUUAUUAUAAAUCUAUACUGGACCAAAAUUGUUGAAAGAGAACUAUCUACUAACUAUUUCUCAUAUUUUUUUCUCAAGAAUCAUCAAUUUCAAAAUAUCGUCACCCACGUUUUGUUAUGAUAGAGUUUUAAUAUAUGUUAAUAUCUUGAUAUGAUUCAAAUCCUUCAAACUCAACUUUAUCAACCAUUUCUUCUUAGAUGUCUUCUGUUUCCCUUUCCCCUUACUAGAAAAAUCUCUUCAUUGUUAUCACACGAAUCUUCCUUUAUAAGAUUUGUCUGAACAUUCAAGCGAGUCGUGCUAUGGCAAUUAGUAUGGCCAGGACAACCCUACUUUCUUACAAUUGCAGAAAAUAUUGCUUAGGAGUUUUGCCGAAGAAAGUGCAAAGAUAGUACGAAUCUGGUACAAAAUAUUGUCAGUUUUCGGAAUUAAAUUGAUUGCUUUGCCCUGUCUGAGCUUGACUUAUUAGAAUGUUAGACUGUCAAUAAGCAGAAGACGAUGGAGGAAAACAAGUUGUACUAUAGCUUGUAUUUUUUAGAAAAGUUGAAUAUCUAUACUUAACUAUAGACUAAAUUUUUAUUAGAGCUCCAUAAACAUAGAAGAGAAAGCAAAAUCCUUUUGUAAUUAUAAUUUAAGGAGCAUAGUCAAUUUAUUUUAAUAGUUUAACACAAUCAAAUAAAAUGGUAUAAUUUUAAUAUUGAAGUAGGGAAGUGAUUUAGUACGGUACGAGAUAGUUGUUUAUGGACGAGGCGACUAAGGAGCCGAGUCAAGAAUAUCUAAACGAGUAACGAAUAACUUCACGGACGUAUAUCGUAAUUUGUUUUAUUUUCAUACUUUUUUUUGUUUGAAAUAAAAAACAAAAUUAUCCUUUGAUUAGUCUCUUAUUAUUUAAAAAAUAAAAAUUAACAGAAGUUACUAAGGUAACAUUGAGAUAAUUGAGAUAAAAUCCUAUCUCUGUGUGCCUGUACCCACUGUAGACAAGCUCUUAAUGAUUUCGUAGUUCGUAAAUUGGUUUCAACAAGUUUUCCCCCGUCUGAAUCGACUAUACGUUUUUCUAAAAUAAGUUCUGGCAGCUGAGACUGUUAUGGAUUGAUUUGUACAUACAUUGGUGUUUAAAAUUGUCUUUGUGCACAUUUUUAGUAAGGUAGCAACGGUGAAAUAAAUAAAGGUGUAAAAAAGGACGCUAUGCUACAUAUGUAAAAUAAUUGGAUUAUAGAAAAGAAAUUAUUGUUGGAAAAUCUAUCCAUAGUUAGUUGUGCUUAUUGAAGUAUAUAGCCCGCUUCAUAGAAUCACAUUUACAAAAAGCUCUCGGAAGAUGCAAGUAUGAGAUCUAAUUAUCAAAAAUGAAUGAAAAGUGAUACAUUGAAAAACUAAAUUCCAAUGAAUAUUACAUAACAGAAUGAUUUUUUUGUCGAAUAUAUACAAACUCUGGCAACUGAAAAUGUGUAUAUAUUUUCGUAAAUUAAAACACCAUGUUUAUACACAAAAAAUUUAUUUUUAAGAUGCGGAUUGUGAUCCGUAGAUCCAAAAAAUGGAGAGGAAAUUUUGAAAAAUUAUUUCGUAAUUUAUUUUUACGGUCAUUUUGAAAGUCUUAAUAACUUUUUAUGACUUAUUGUGAAUAUCUUGUAUAAAUAUAUGUGAUAUGUUUAGUUUUAGAAAGCCUUAUAUUUAUUUUUCUAGUAAGUUGAAUAAAAAAAAAAACUAGUAAAAAAUAUAUUUUAGGAAAAUUUUGCACAAAUUCGUAAAUUAUUUCUACAAAAACGAAUUGCUUCUUUGUGAUAAACUGCCUUAAAAAUAUUUUUGGAUGAUUUGUUAAAAAUCGGAUAGUUAAAUAUUUUUCAAAUGAUCACUUUUUAAAUAGUAGAUGUGUAUAUAGACUGUGUAAAUGUUUUAAAUAUUAAAAAAUAUAGAUCUCGUUAGCAUAAUUGAAUACGUGAAUUUGGAAUAAUUUUUUCGAGAAUAAAAUAAAGUUUACAGUUAAAAUUCGAAUAUUCAAUAACGAAUUUUCGGAACACCAAGUUUAAUAAAAUCGACUUUAUUUGUGACAUAUCUGACGCGCAUAAGACGCCAUAUGUGCCAUCUUUUAAUAAAGGACGGCAAUAACAUCAUUAGAAUCGGCUUUAUGGCUCUUUGUUUAAUCGAUGUCUAGUUGUUUAUAUGACUUAUGAGUUUUUAGAAAUGAAGACAAAAUAAAGUCAAAGCAAGUAAAGUCGGCUUUAAUAAAAUGACCAUCAUUCCGACAAUUUUCUAAUAUUCCAUCAAAUCUGUUUCACGACAGGACGUAUGAAAAUCAUUGGAACCAAAAAAGGAAAUAGUCCUCCUAAUAUAAUUUUAGAUAUCGUUAGCACCAUAUAGUUUGGCGUUUGAGUUUGUUCCCCAAAAAUCUAACAUGCUCUCGUCUUUUGAGAAAUGUAUCAUGACCUAGUUUUUCAGGCAAUUCAGGAAAAGUAGUUUUAUAAGGGAUGGCUGGAGCUUUAAAUUUGUGUAGAAAUAAGGGUAUUUUAUAAGAAGAAUUUCUGAUGAUCAGUUUAUUGCCAUUAGUUCCCUAAAUAUGUUUAGGGUAUAUCUGUACGGUGUUAUAUUUCUGUUGUCGAAGCGCUUAAUGUCCCAAUAGGGAAGUUGGAGGUUCGAAUCCUCUGUUGAACGAAAUUUUUAUCAAAUUAUCCACUUGCUCUUAGUCCAAAGGAGAGUUAAAUAAUAAUAAACAAAUCCACAUACAGGUGAAUCUAAUAUAAGCGUGUUAGAAAAUGAGUAUAAGUGUUUGGAUCAAUGAAAAAAAAAGUUAUUGAAAGUAGGAAACAACAGCUAUUAUACUUACUUCAAUUGCAGUUCGGAGGUGGGGAAAAAUCACAAGUCAGUUUACAUGACCAUGCGGGCCACUCAACGAAUCCUCGUCGGCUUACCCAUACUCCAAAAUGAGCUUGAACGUACUCCUGCACACAAAACGCGUUGUGUGGCGAAGCUCCAUCCUUCACGAAAAGACGGAUGUACUCGUGUGUUGUUUCGUUGUCCAUUUGCUCACGUAAAUCUUCAAGCAUUUCCAGAUAACUUUGGCCCGUCCCGUAACCCUAAAGAAAAUACGAGGCACAAGAACUCCCGCAUGUAUUCCUGCCCACACAUACAUCUCAGGCAGAUUUAAUUCUCCUUCUUCAAUGAAGACGUGAAAAUUAUGGCCGUACCAUUACACGCAGUUAUGCCUAUUGACCGUACCGUCCAGCUGGAAUGUUGCUUCUUCCAACCACCAAAAAUGGAAUGCUACGAAUCAUCCUGAUUGUAUCCGAGGUACUUUUCGCAAAAUUCCAAUAUACGAUCGAAGUCAUCCUCGUCAGGUGCAUGGAGGAGAAGCGGACGAUAAACUGGUUUUUUAGUUCUAUUAGGGUUUUUAUGGGCAUAAAGGCUUCUUCUUCUUGUUACGAAUGUUUCCUUCGUUUUCUAAAAGUUUUCUAAACAUAAUAGUAAAAUCAAUAAGAAGAUAUACAUACCAUUGUUUACUCACAUUAUUUAACCUGGUAACAUCUCGUUUCUGUUCUGUUUUCUCGAUGUCAGUGAAGAACUACAUAUUUGAAUGAAAUUUACUAAUAUCAUUCACUUUUCAAUAGUAAAUAUUGUUAAAAAACUGUACAAAAAUUUCCGAAUUCACGUAACCAUUAUAGUACUAUUUUUAUAUAUCUAAAAAACCAGUCAAGACAAUAUAAAGAACUGUAUUUAAAAUUUUGAAAGUUUAUAUACUGUAAUAAUUUAUUCACGUUUCUUAUUAUUAAGUGUCUAUUUGAAAUGUAUAAUGUGAUUAAGUAUUGAGUAAACUCCAUUUCCUUAUCAGGCUUUAACAGCCCCGGAUCUUGAACUUUUUUGAAUGGAAAAAAACUGAGAAAGGUGACACCUUUUGUUUAUAUUGUUAUUUCAAUCCUCAUCUCAUACAUAAGGCUAUUGGACAUAGUGCGGUCUAGCACUGAUCUUUUUGUGGUGAAUCUAUUUUCAUAAAUAUAAUAUGUAGACGAGUAAUCAAUCAAUCAAUUUCGAUAUCGUAUUGAAAUUACGUUUCCACUUUUCGAGCCUUUUGUUCUGUAAUAAAACUAUGGUUCUAUCGCACAUAGCGUACUUUGCUGAAGAUCUUAUCUACAUGGCAGUGUAGAGGUUCGAUAGGAUUCAUCAACUAUUUGAUUAAGAUCACAUGACCUUGAUUGCUACCACUUUAAUAUUUUUGACAUUAUACUCUCACUUCAUUUGGUGCCUUUCAUUUCAUUAUUUUUAAUAAUUCUUAUUAAUUCUACUCAGAGGCAAUGAAUAUGAUAGGAAUCUGAUCGUGAAGCAAAAAAAUAUAAGGAAAUAUAGUAAAUCCGGUACGUAGAUUAGCUCCUUAAGUUUUUUUUUUUGAAUCAUGAAAUUUUAAAUUCCUCAUAUGAUUCGAUUGAAAACCGUAUUUGUUUUUAGAGAUAAGUUGAACAAGUUCCGAUUUCGUCACACAUAUAUUUUAAAAUUACUUUUUUAUGCCUGAUAUCGUUUAUUUGACAAAAUAAUCAAUACGCCAUUUUUUUCAACAUUUUAUUAAAUGAUCUGAGCAGGCUGGAAUAUAUCGUGCUAUUUGGGAAUUUUUUUGUUCAAUUCAAAAUAAACUUCACAAUCUUACAUGACUGAUGUAAAAGACAUAACUAGUUUAAAGUGCUUUACAAAGUGAGUAUUCGAUAAUAAAAGACUUUGAACUUUGAACCCUUGAGAUUCAAUUUUUCUGACUUACUUUGAAAACAAAUAAUGAACUGAAUCUGAUGAAUGUAACUAAUAAACAAAUUUGUCGAAAUUUUUCAUUCAGAGAUUUCUCCAUUCUGGAAAGUUUUCUAGCGUGUAUUCAAUUCUCAAUGGUCUAAAUGAUCUAGUCGAUUAUAUGUCAUUCAUUCGAUAAGAGCUGGCACACAUGUGUCUGCGAAACAAUAAUUAUUUAUGCGCUAGUGAUCUAAGUUGCGUUAAUAAUAUGUUGUGUAUUCAUUUAGCAAGUUUGGAUGUGCCACCACUGAAAAAGCUCCGACUUUCCUCACCCAGAUCCGGAUCCCAUUUCCUUUGUAAGCGCUCAAAACACGACUUACUUGUUACAUUAUUUGGUUUUCAGACUAUUCAUGUUAAUUGGAGCUCCAAUCACGGUAAAAAUAUUUUUGGACUCAUCACUACUGUAGCUCAUGAGGAAUUGGAUUAUUUAUUAUCCUCGAAUGAAAUAGAGAAUGCAUUAUAUUUUCUUCAAUAAGAUUGAUUAGAUGAAAUUUCAAUGUUUAUAAAAAAUUCUCUCUUAACCUGAAGUUGUUUAUACUGAUAAAUGUAUUUAUGAAUCUAUUUCUGAUGUUCCUCUCAUUUGUGAUAAUCUCGAUCCCAGAUAUUUCCGCUACUCUCUGCCAAACAUUCGUAAACCCCAUUAUUUUCUCUAUUCUAACUUUCCAAAGUCACACGUAUGAACUGUAUGAUAUAAAAUUUUUCAAAAUUGUGUCAAAAAUUCUUUUUUUAAUUGUCCUUUUACAUGUUAUUAUCUCAAAGUGUCGCUUCUCUCAACGAUUUAUUGUUUGAUAGUCUUAUACCUAGAUAUUUAUCACUACCACUCUAUAUGAUCAUUUGCCCACCGAUCAGCAAAAUGCUUCUUUCUUUUCUUCUAGUAUACAUGUACAUGGUUUUAUUCCCAUUAACAUCCAGCACUAUUUUUUAUAUUUUUAUAUGAGUACCCGGGUCAUAUAAUUCAUAUUUUCAUAAUAUUUCGAUAUUACUUCUUGAUCGUCAGCAAAGCUCAGAGUCGAGCGGUAAACCCAUAGUUCACUUUAUCGAUUUUUCAGUGAUAUCACGUUAUAAUUUAUUCACUUGUAUACUCUUUUUUGCAUUUUUCAAAUUUAUAAUAUGUAGUACAUGAUAUUUAUCACAUAGAUCUUUAUGAAUUGUACUGAAGAUAACGUUUAGGUAACUUUUCCAAUCCUUGGGUAUUUUCUGUUUACUGACACAGAUUUGAAGCAACUUAGCAGGUAUCUACUCCCGUAUAAUAUCAUUUCUAUAUCCUUUUAAGAAAAUCUAUAUACAUCGUUCGCUCAUAAUUUUUUUUACAGCUGUUGUAUCUUCGGUCGAGAGUUUUCGGAAAUAAUUCUUUAAUGAUAUCAUAGUCAGAAGAUCCUUCAUACUUGUACUUUUCAGUAACUUUCGGUAUAUUUUUUUUUCUGUAUUUAUAUGAAUGCGGUUUUUUCCUUUUUACUUUUUUUUUCUCUGCUAUCUUCUUUUACUGUCAUCAUCAGCUUUUUUAUCAUUGUUCUGGUUUUAUGAAAGUAUGUUAUAUAUUAUCUCUUUCCCUAUUCUAUAUUCAUAUAUUGGAAAAAUUUGAUAUUCGAGUAAGAGCUAAUUCUUGAUCCAAGAGACGUGGGGCAUGGGACCUAAAGAAAACACUCAUACAAAUCAUGAAUAUGUUUCUUUUAUUAUGCAUGAAAUCAAAUUAUUUACGGUGGUGUCAUUUUCUUUUCUGGGGAGGACCAUGAAUAUUUCACUAAUAUUUAUAAAUAUCUAUAAUAUACCAAACGCUUAAUUUAUUGCUGAAGUUUUCUUGAAUAAUAAUAUAAAUGCUGGGUACACGUGUUUAAAUAAUGAAACAACGAUUACAGUUAUCAAUAAUGAAAUUAUUUAUGUUAUCGUUACUUCCACUGGUUUAAUUGUUGUAAUGUCGACUGGUUUCUUAGAAUAGAAGUAGUACUUUGUAAGUUGUGUAGUUUCCAAUAUCUGUACAGUUAGCUGUUGUAAAUACAAAUGGCAAUGAUCAUGAAAUUGAUUUAACUAAUAUUUAGUUCCAUUUAUAAUUGUUUCCUCCUGGAGAAUAUUGUCAAUUUUUCUAUGUGUUUUGCUUUUUGUAUCUGAAUUAGAUUUUGCUAAAUAAAAUUCUUCAAGGUA